CGGCGGCAGCAGCAGCAGCGUCGCCGCCGUCGUCGUCCUCCUCCUCCUCUUUCCCGUCAUGCGCCGCGGCCGCCCGCCCCCUCCGAGUCGCCAUGUUGUCGGAGUGAAAGGCAGGGAGCCGGAGCGCACCGGGCCCGACAAUCCGCCACCAUCCACCCGCUCCGCCUGUGCUGGUGGAAUGAGCGUUUGUGUACUGAAGAGGAAAGCAGUGCUUUGGCAGGACUCCUUCAGCCCCCAUCUCAGACAGCCCCCCCUCGAGACCGUGCCCCUCAACAUGCCUGUGGUUCUCACCACUGGACCGGGAGCCCCCGGGCCGGGCCAGCCGCCUCAGGCUCCGCCCCCGAACCACACGUCCACCCCUGGGCAGGUGACACCCGGCGGCCGUUCCCAGGACGAUGCCAUGGUGGACUACUUCUUCCAGCGUCAGCACGGGGAUCAGCCAGGGGUGGGGUACAACAAUGGCAAGCACCGCUGGCCCACUGGAGACAGUAUUCAUGGUGACAGCCAGGUGCGCUCCAUGGACGAGCUGAACCAUGACUUCCAGGCCCUGGCACUCGAAGGCCGCGAGCAGCUCUUACCAGGGAAGAAGUUUUGGGAGUCGGAAGAGCCCGGAAAAGAUGGACCAAAGGGGAUCUUCCUGGACCAGUGGAGGGACAGUGCCUGGGCGGCAUCAGACCACUCCGUGUCGCAACCCAUCAUGGUGCAGCGCCGGCCCGGCCAGGGUUUCCACGGCAGCAGCGAGGUGGGGUCUGUGCUGUCGCCGCGGUCCGAGAGCGGUGGCCUUGGGGUCAGCAUGGUGGAGUACGUGCUUAGCUCCUCACCUGCUGAGAAGCUGGAGCCCUGCCUGAGCAAGAGAGCCUUUGGACCGCGGGACCCUGAGGCGGACGACGGAGACAAGCGUGAGAAGAAGCAGAAGGCACCAUUUGAUCCGGACAAGCUGAAGGAGCUGAAGGAGGUGGAGGGUGAUGUCAUGGACAACCCCAAUGGCCUCCCACUGCAGAACGGCAUCGACGUGGACGUGAAGGAGCCCUUCAGCCGCACGCCGGGAAACUGCCCCCCUCCCGGGACCGAAGUAGACCUGCUGGGAGCCGGCCAGGGUCCUGCGGAAGGCCUGUCCCAGCUGGGCGGCGGCAGCGGCCCCAAGCCGGUGGAGGAUUUUGCCGGAGUCGAGUCCCAGAGCGUGCCGAUGGACCCCAUGGAGUCGGUAGGCAUGGAGCAGCUGCAGUUUGACUACGCGGGCGGCCAGAUGCCCAUGGACUCGUCCGGUGCCGCCGUCGGCCUCUUUGACUACAGCUCCCAGCAGCAGCUCUUUCAGAGGCCUGGAGCGCUGGCCGUCCAGCAGCAGCAGUACGCCUUGGCCGCAGCCCAACAGCCCCACAUCGGUCUCGCCCCGGCCGCCUUUGUCCCGAACCCUUACAUCAUCAGUGCUGCACCUCCUGGUACGGACCCGUAUUCUGCUGGUUUGGCUGCCGCUGCCACUCUCGGUCCAGCCGUGAUGCCCCACCAGUAUUAUGGUGUCACCCCCUGGGGCGUGUACCCUGCCAACCUCUUCCAGCAGCAGGCAGCGGCCGCAGCCGCUGCGUCCAGCUCAGCCAGUCAGCAGGCGGCCGGCCAGUCCCAGCAGAACCAGCAGCAGGUGAUGCGUGCAGGAGGCAACCAGAGGCCCCUGACCCCGAACCAGAGCCAGCAGGGCCAGCAGACGGAGCAGCUGGUGGCCGCCGCUGCCGUCAACUCCGCCCUGGCGUUCGGGCAAGGCCUGGCCGCUGGGGUGCCCGGGUACCCAGUCCUGGCCCCUGCUGCCUACUAUGAUCAGACGGGAGCGCUGGUGGUGAACACGGGGGCUCGGAGCGGACCGGUUCGCCUGAUGGCUCCCGCCUCCGUUAUCAUCAGCCCCACGGCAGCGCAAGCAGCCGUGGCAGCAGCAGCUGCCUCGGCGAACAGUGCCAGCGGUGGUUUGGCGGGCAGCGCCAGCGGACCCUUCCGCACCCUGGGCUCUCAGCAGCCCCCAGCCCAGCAGCCAGGCAGCGCUCUGCCCUCCAGCUCCUUCUACGGCUCCAACUCGAUGAGCUCCAGCUCCCAGGGCAGCUCACUGUUCUCCCAGGGCUCGGCGGCGCCCCCUGCGGGUACUUCGCUGGGCGGUGGCGGAGGGUCCUCAUCCCUGGGGGCCACACUUAGCGCCACGCUGGGCGGAUUUGGAACAGCAGUGCCCAGCUCCAGCGCGGGCAGCGGUUCGCGGCGUGACUCUCUGACGGGCAGCUCAGAGCUCUACAAGCGCACGCCGAGCAGCCUCACCCCCAUCGGGCACGGUUUCUACAACGGCCUGGGCUUCUCAUCCUCGCCCGGCCCCGUCGGCAUGCCCCUGCCCAACCAGGGCCCGAGCCACUCCUUGACUCCGCCCCCCUCGCUCUCCACCCAUGGUUCCUCCUCCAGCCUCAACCUGGGAGGGCUCCCCAAUGGCAGCGGGCGCUACAUCUCCGCAGCACCGGGCGCAGAGGCCAAGUACCGCAGUACAAGCAGUGGCUCCAGCCUCUUCAGCCCUAGCAGCCAGCUGUUUCCGUCGUCACGGCUACGCUACGGCAUGUCGGACGUGAUGCCCUCGGGGCGCAGCCGCCUGCUGGAGGACUUCCGCAACAACCGCUACCCAAACCUGCAGCUGCGCGAGAUCGCUGGCCACAUCAUGGAGUUUUCCCAGGACCAGCAUGGCUCCAGGUUUAUCCAGCUGAAACUGGAGCGCGCCACCCCAGCGGAGCGUCAGCUUGUCUUCAGCGAGAUCCUGCAAGCAGCCUACCAGCUCAUGGUGGACGUCUUUGGCAAUUACGUCAUCCAGAAGUUCUUUGAGUUUGGCAGCCUGGAGCAGAAGCUGGCACUGGCGGAGCGCAUCCGCGGUCACGUUCUCUCCCUGGCGCUGCAGAUGUACGGCUGCAGAGUGAUCCAGAAAGCCCUGGAGUUCAUCCCGUCCGAGCAGCAGGUCAUCAGCGAGAUGGUGCGCGAACUGGACGGUCACGUGCUCAAGUGCGUCAAGGACCAGAACGGGAACCAUGUGGUCCAGAAGUGCAUCGAGUGCGUCCAGCCUCACGCCCUGCAGUUCAUCAUUGAUGCCUUCAAGGGCCAGGUCUUUGCUCUGUCCACCCACCCGUACGGCUGCAGAGUGAUCCAGCGCAUCCUGGAGCACUGCCUUCCCGAGCAGACGCUGCCCAUUCUGGAGGAGCUGCACCAGCACACAGAGCAGCUCGUACAGGACCAGUAUGGUAACUACGUCAUCCAGCACGUCCUGGAGCACGGCCGCGCCGAAGACAAGAGUAAGAUCGUGGCAGAGAUCCGUGGCAACGUAUUGACUCUGAGCCAACACAAGUUUGCCAGCAAUGUGGUGGAGAAGUGCGUGACUCACGCGUCGCGGGCCGAGCGUGCCAUGCUGGUGGACGAGGUGUGCAGCGCCAGCGACGGGCCCCACAGUGCCUUAUACACCAUGAUGAAGGACCAGUACGCCAACUACGUGGUACAGAAGAUGAUUGACGUGGCCGAGCCGACGCAGCGCAAGAUCGUCAUGCACAAGAUCCGCCCCCACAUUGGCACCCUGAGGAAAUACACCUAUGGCAAGCACAUCCUGGCCAAGCUGGAGAAGUACUACAUGAAGAACGGAGUGGACCUGGGCUCCAUCUGUGGCCCCCCCAACGGCAUUAUGUAAACCCCGCCCCCUCUACCCAGCCCCCCCACCUGGUUCCUGUCCACCUGCUCUUACCCCUUCUGUCUCGUAGGCUGUCCUGCCCUGACCAGCCUGCUGCCCACCUCCCAUAAUCCACCUCUGGGGGGGGGGAUGGGGGCGCGCCGGCCCAUUGUACAUAGGAGGUUUGGUGCGCUGCUCUGUGCGCAUAGGAGGCAAGGGAGAUGGGCGGGGCCCACACUGGCCCCGCCCACAUUCAUAGCUCUCUAUCGUAUGACGUUUUUUUCGGCUACUGCUCGUGGCAGAAACUAAGUUUAGUUUCAUUUUAUUGUACUAAAGUAGAGGAGAAACCUUUAAUUUCCUUCGACAUUAACUCACUUUGAAGAUCACUGAACUGAUAGCUGAAGCGCUACUUUCCUGACGUGCUCUUUUUCCCUUUUCGGUAACAUAAAGCAGACAUUUUGAUUAUUUAGCAUGGGAGAACUUUUUGGUCUUGCUUCUAUAAAUAUAUAGUGUAUACUUGGUGUAGACUUUUGCUUAUAUAUAUAUAUAAAUAUAUAUAAAUAUAAAAACUUUGUAGUUUUUUCCUGGUUUUUUGAUGUUAAAUCUGUAUCUAUAAUGUAUCCUAGUAGUGAACACAUAUACUUCUGAUUGUAUAAUUGUACAUUUGUAAACCACCUGUAAUGUAAAUGUGGAAAACUUGGAAUUGCUUAUACAACCCUUUUCGUAUGAAGAAAAAAUGCAACAAAAAAAAUUAGGAACCUGUGCAUUUCAGUGUAUAUUCACUUUUUUGGUUGUGGCAUAGUUGUUGUAUAUUGUAAAUUGUAAUAUCAAUUUUUUGUUUUGAAAAGCCCUUUCUAUACAGCAUAGUACUUGUACAAAGAACAGAAAUGCUUCAUGGUUUUAAUGUGUCACUACUUGAUUUGAACUAAAGCGAUGAUUCCCAGAUGCUCAAAGAUCAUUGUUUAGGUAGUGACUUGUUUUUUUAUUCGGUAUUUUUGAGUAAUGGUUUCCCAUUUCCUGAGGUUCAGAGAGAUGCUGUGUGUAAUACAGAAGACCUAGAUUACUUCCCAUCAUGCCACCUUGGGACCUUCUUGCGUUUUGUACAAAGAUGGGCAUCCGCAUUCUCGUGUCGACUUGUAAGUGAUUGUAACAUACUGUCUAUUUUCUCCUUGUUGAAAUACAGAUUUGAACACUAUGCGGUGUACAUUUCCGGAAGCCUUGUGUAUAUUUCCAAAUGGACUUUUUUUCCAGCUCACUUGUAACCAUAUGUGUAUAGUAAACAAAAUCCUGUGUUUGCUUAUUUGCCUGGGCAACUAUUUUUUGUAACUCUUGUUGUAGAUUGUCU